AUGGUUACUCAUCGUCAUCAUCAUCUACCUUGGUGGAAUGCCUCCCGUCGUAGGUUUGCUCUCCCUUGCGAAGGCUAUGAUAUUACGGUUGGCUCUGUGAAGGAGCACUUCCCUGUGAACCCAGCCUUUUACCGGGCAAGAGCAUUCACCUUCCGCUUCCGGUGUAGUGAUGAUAACUUUGAUGACUACGUUUGGUUAGACAUGCCUGAAGAUUUUGACGAUCUCUGUCCACCCACAUAUCGCGGGGAGAUCUGGGUCAAGGCACUGCCAGUGAAGCCGUACCGGCUACCAGAAUCGGAUUACUACUAUGAGGAGGAUCCUGAGAUUGAGGCAGCGAUCGCAGCGUAUCGGAGCCAGUUCUCGACGGCCUCGAAUGAUUGCGGUCGGCCAAAGAAGAAACCGACAAUUAGCCCUCGAGGCAACUCUGUUCCUCCCAGUAAGGGUUAUGGUCAUCAGUCCAGGCAAGGCGAGCUGGAUGCGGACCUUAUGGACUUUGGCGGUGGACAUCACCGUACAGUCUCCAACCCUCCCUCGAGUUCGUCUGUCUAUCCUGGGAUCACGUCCCGAUCGAGUAAUCCUGCUGCACCGCAAGUACGGGCAGAGGAUCUGGAUAGGGAAGCGUUGAAGGCCGCAAGGCUGAAGGCUAAGGAAGAGCGCAUCCGUGCAAAACACGAAGAGUUUGCAUCGAGACAACGAGAGGAGGCCACGAAGCGAGAAGCUAAGCUCGAUGCCCAAGGCCGGCUAGCAGAGGAGUUGGAUCAUUGGGCGUAUACCGAACAAGGUAAACCGAAGGAUAUUAGAACCCUCCUGUCGAAUAUGGAAGAAGCUCUGUGGCCCAAUUCCGGAUGGAGCACGGUUAGUGCAGGGGAGCUCAUGGUCAACACUGGAGCCGUCAAGAAGGCAUAUCGAAAAGCGAUCAUCCUCUGCCACCCAGACAGACAUCAAAGCGCUUCACCAGACGAGCAGUACAGAGCGGAUCGCAUUUUUAAUGCUCUCAACGAGGCGUUCAAGCGACAGUAG